CCCAUAAGAUCUUUUUCGUCUAUAUCCUUCUCCUUCUUUACAGUUACUUUUACACAUAAAGUCAUGGCUCUCCAGACACAGCGGACGAAAAAUAACCUUAAUGAAAUGCGAAAGACUGUAGCAUUAAAAUUUCCAAACAUCACCAGCCUUCAUUCUGGCAACAGUCUUUCCCGCCCGAACCUUUCAUCAAAAGAGAAUCGCCCCCCAAUUGCAGGAAGCAGAAGUGGGAACGGGCUAGAGCUUGUUGCAAUGGAGCCACCAAAGACAUAUGAAUUUGGAGCUCGUUCCAGUAAUACCAUCUAUAUGCCACAGGGACUUACCAAUUCAAAUACCACCACCUCUAACUUUCCAAGACAGACAAUCAGCGUUGCUGAUUCGAGGCAACCAAUUAUUACAGAGAGUCCAAAGUCAACAAUAACCUGGGGCGGAUCUAGCAGACCUGUUCUUCAAGAGUCUAUUGCCACAAAUACUAUUAGUAGUAAUUCCAAAUCAGUUACCAACAGAUUAAGUUUUCCAAGCAGCUCUGACUAUCCGACUUCUCCAUCCACGACAUCUUCAUCUAGGCUUGUCAAAGUGGCAUCAUCCAAUCUAUCCAAAGACCCUUCAACAGCCACCUCAUUAUCUUCAGGUCGUAAUCUUACAUCUGUACACGAUGAAGCUCUGAUAGAAGAUUAUAAAUUUUUGGAAGAGUAUGCUGUAUUGAACGAUCUAGAAACAGAAGAAGCCAACAUUCGCGCCAGGUCUCCUGUUGCACCGACAAAGAAAUCCGAGGUUUCACCCGUGGCUUUUGAUCAAGAUGAUGAUGCUUCAUUGGAGGAAUUAGAGGUGAUGCUUCAAACCGCCAUGGAUGAAAAAAGGCGCCUUGGAGACCUCAUCAUGGAUCUAGAAGAUUUGGAUCAGGACACGGACGAGCUCAAGAAGUCAUGGAGAGCUAUGCGUGACCGUAUCAACAAUCUGCAGCCAAAAUUAGAGGCUAAGAAGAAAGCGACUACUUCUGCGGGCAACAGUAGCGCUAGGGGAAAUAUAGACAGAUCGCCAUUGGAUGAUGCCUUAAAUCAAAAUACGAAUAAUAUGGCUCAGGCGACACCUGUUUCUGCUUCGAUCAAAGCAUUCUCAAACAAUUGUAGUGCGGACUAUCAGGAAUAUGGAGCCGCAAAUCAGUCUUCUAUUAGGCAUGGUUAUACUACAUUCGAAAAUAACGGUAAUAUCGGGAGUAGCAGCAAUGCUAGCAACACCUUUUUUACUUCUGCGUCUUCUGUGACUACGACUCGGAGUCAUUUCAGUCCAGCUUUGGAGUCUGAUUAUCGAAAAUCUCAGUCUCCUACUACUAAGGAGUCAAUGUUAUAUCCUUGGUCCAGGCGGGUGAUGGCUGCUCUUCGAGAUAUCUUUGGAUUGCAGGACUUCCGUAUGAAUCAACUUGCAGCGAUCAACGCAACUUUGUCAGGAAAAGAUGUUUUUGUAUUGAUGCCUACGGGUGGCGGUAAGAGCUUAUGUUACCAACUUCCAGCAACCGUGGGCAACGGCUCAGGGAACACUCCUACAGGCGUAACGAUCGUUAUUUCACCUUUGUUAAGUUUGAUGCAAGACCAAGCAAUGCACCUUGUGAAGAAAGGUAUUCCGACUGUACUCUUACAUGGUAAUCUGGAUGCAGCCAUGAGGAAGUUUGUCUUUGAUCAGUUACAUGCAGAGCAAGUUAUCCCUAAGCUCGUCUACAUGACUCCUGAAAUGCUGUCCAAGAGCGGGCAGGCGCAAUCAACGUUACGACGCUUGCAUUCACGUAAGCUGUUGGCACGAUUUGUGAUUGAUGAAGCUCAUUGUCUAAGCCAGUGGGGACACGAUUUCCGACCAGACUAUAAACUGUUAAGCCAGCUCAAGUCAACUUAUCCUGGAGUACCGCUCAUGGCACUGACAGCAACAGCAAAUGCCAAGGUUCAGCAGGAUGUUCUUUUCAAUCUUGGCAUGCAAAAUUGCCUUGUGCUAAAGCAGUCUUUCAACCGCCGUAAUCUAUAUUAUGAGGUUCGGGCUAAAACAGGCCAAAUCUAUGCCGACAUCCAUGCGUUCAUUACAGCAACAUUCCCAGGCUCAAGUGGCAUUAUUUACUGUACUAGUAAGCGCGCUUGUGAGGAGAUUGCUGACAAACUUCGGAACGAGUACGGGUUAAGUGCGCAACAUUACCAUGCAGGCUUGGAUAAAUCAGAUAGGAUUGCGAUCCAGAAAUCAUGGCAGGAUGGUGGGACACAGAUCAUUGUGGCAACUGUUGCGUUCGGAAUGGGUAUUGACAAGGCCAAUGUACGGUUCGUGAUUCAUCACUCUCUGCCGCAGUCACUUGAAGGUUACUAUCAAGAGACAGGGCGAGCAGGCCGCGAUGGCAACAAUGCACAUUGCAUUCUCUUCUAUACCUACCGUGACAAGGCUACGAUCGAGUUCAUGAUCGAUAAGGGUGAAGGAAACCACGAGCAGAAGCAACGGCAACGGGACAAUCUUAAACAGAUGAUCAUGUAUUGCGAGAAUAAGAUGGAUUGUCGUCGUGCCCAGGUUUUGAGCUACUUUGGAGAACAUUUUUCUCCCUUAGAUUGCGCCAACACCUGCGACAACUGUCGUCGAGGCCAAAAGUUUGAUAUCAAGGACGUUUCAACUGAAGCCAAGACAUUCAUUAACUUUGUCCGGCAGAUAGUCUAUAAUGAAGAUCCUUCAACACGGAUGAGUUUGCAUAACUAUACAGCACGACAAGAGGCUGACCGGUUUACAUUAUUAUAUCUUGUUGACCUAUUCCGUGGGGCUAAGAUCAAGAAAAUCAUCGAGGUUUAUCAUCAUGAUCAGUUGCAAGGCUACGGUAUAGGCAAGACAUGGGACCGCACAGAUGCGGAACGUCUGGCACGACUGUUGGUCUCCAAGAAAGUGUUGGAUGAGCGAGUAGAAGCCAGUGGGCAGGCAUUUGCGAGCUAUGUUUACCUAGGACGAGAAGCCUGCGGUGUAAUGAAUGGGUCAGUUAAGAUCGAGAUGCCAUUUGCCUCGGGAAAUACCAAAUCUUCCCUAGCAAGCGCUAUUUCUAGCAGGAAGCGUAGCAAAAAAGCUGAUGCAGAUGGUUCCAGCAACACCAGCACUACAAAGGCGAAGGCCAAGGCUAGUGGUAAUAAAGGUCGAAAGAAAACUAAACAGGGAGGACAGGAGAUCGAUGAUGGUUUUGAAGACCUAAUUGAAGAUGAGGUCAUCUUGCUGGAUGAUUACUCGCCUGACCCUAUCGAAGAUGCGCCCAAUGACGACAUGGAAAUAUUAGACUCCCGGACUGAGCUUUCGCGCUUUACGGCAGAUACUACCGGCAAGGGUAAAGCCAAAUCUCUGGAGACAUCUACUGAGGCGUUUCCAACACGCUAUAAAGCUGUACCUGCAACCAGCGUAAGGAGCGGGGGGGUCUCAGGUGUAGGAGCAGGAACUGGGGUAGGGGAAGGAGAGAUAAGUGAUGAUGAUAGGUUCUAUGAUGCUCACGACUUUUAUGACUCGGAUGGGCUGGGGCCACCGCAGGCCAACCGCAAGCGCCCUCGAUUUUAG